UACAGUUUAAAGUAUCCUCAAAGGGGAUUCCUUCAGAUUGAAUGUCUGGUAAAGACCACCUGAGGAAAGUGCUAACCCUCUGCAAAUACCAUGGCUUCUUCCAGCAAGCCCAUGUACUCAACCAGAACUCAGUCACUGGAUGCUAUGAUUAUGGACCUCUAGGCACUGACCUUAAAAGGAACAUUGAAAAUGAAUGGUGGCAUAGUGUUGUGUCAGCAAAGGAGAACAUGUUUGGUGUAGAUUGUUCAAGUCUUCAUGUACAGCCCACAAAUCAUAGUCAUGAUAACCAGUUGGAAGUUGCCGUCCCACAAUUAAAAGUCACUGCCCAACAAGGCUCUAAUGAAUCGGAGGAGUUUACAACAGGACAGAGCUCUGCAAACCACUGGUUUUUGCAGUCUACAUUUUCAAACA